GAAAUGCCACCAAAAAGCACAGAAGACAAUUCUGUGAUGUGAUCAACAUUUUUGGUGGCUCCCCUGAAACCCUUGAAAUCAUGGCUCUAUUUUCAUCAUCACACCAUCUUACACCUAAAUCUACUGAUGUAGUCCUAGUUCGGGCUGAAACGAUAAAAUCGUUCGCAGUUUACAUCACGUACAUGUACAUGUUGGAUUAUUUUCAUUAGUAACAACAUUCCAAAAAAUAACUGACGAGCUCCGCUUUUAGGCUUGGCUAAAUCUAUAUAUUAUAGUAAACGUUUAGCUGAAAUAGUAAACUUUAAAAAAUUGUAUCCUUAGAAAAUGGGCAACAAUCAGACUUUUACAAAACCUCAUCCUGGAACAUGCUGGUCAAGCGUGUUUGCGCCGUUUGGUCCCGUCAAAGAACCGCUGCCUAUGUUGGCAUGCUUGUUCGUCGCUGCCCUUGGUCUCUUUGGCAUGUUGCUGUCCAGGAGAGUAACCUUGGGAGGCAAGUUUCUGUACUCUGCUAUGUUCGGCUAUGGCAUCUCCAGUCGCUGCUUCCACUGGAAUUUUUGGGAGGGCUUCUACCGUGUCUUUGACGUCCAGCUUAACUUCCUCCAGGCCAUCAACAUUGUUUACAUGAGUUGCAUCCCCAAAGAAGAACACUUAUUUUACAUGAUAUCCUCCUACGUGCUGAUCAUGUUCUUCUCUAUCUACCCGUUCUUUGCUCAUGUUUUGGGAAUGACUUUAGGGCAGCCCUGGAUCUCUUGGAUCAUAUUUGAUGGGAUUCGGAUUUUCGCUUUGAUCGGUGGUGAUAAUUUGGUUCCAAUGGGACCACUUGGGAACGCCAGGACACCCAAGUCGACAAGCAAUGUUCAAUUUAGUGUGGAACACCAUCAUCUCGGUGGUAUUGGCGUACCUCUUCUGGAUCCUUGAUGAGGUGGUAUGUAUGAAACAAGGUAACCAAAGUGUCGCCGUUGUCAUCUUUGGACACACUCUAUGGCAUGUGUUCAUUGGGUUCGGCUUUUACUACAUGACGACCCUUGCAGUCUUCUUACGAGCUCCAAACUUGCGUGUUUACCCUUAAGUCCUCGCCUGGCCCCAGAACAAGCCUUUCGUUGUUUUCGUUGUGGUGCAAUACGACCCCAAUCUGAUGCUUAAGGAAACAAGACCAAAGAAGGAACACUAAUUGUCUCAGUUUGUAUUGUUAUGGUUAGUGACCGAUGUUUCUCUCGAGGUAACAAUCCGUAGACGUUUUUAAAAAAUGAAAUCAGUGUAAUGGUUUUUAGUCUAAAUGCAUAGUCCAUGCAAGCUCGAUUUAUGAUCAAGCCAAUGGAUUGAGGUCCUUAAGGAGUGAAGACGAAUUAAGGUUUCUUGAUCGAAUGUGUCUUUGUAUUUCCCACCACAGGUACAUGUACGCAAUGAUGGUAAAGCAUGCUGUACCCGUAAUUCCUAGCGUGCUAGACAUACAAUAAGUGUUGGUUAUUACUUAAAAACGUUCGGUCAAUAAUAUAUACAUAACAAAUGUAGGUUGAACUUCUCCAAUUAAAAGCUGUUUAUUCUGCAAAGUAAGCCAUUACCGUAAAGGCAUUAUUUUUGUAUCAGUACAAAAUGACAAACAAAUUUGAGCCAGUUUUGCUGUCUUAACACAAGAUUGGCAAGACUGCGUUGCAUGUCUUCCACAUUUUGUGCAAAAUUUUCUCAUUUGACCAAAUGUUACUUAGAACUGUCGUUCUGGGCCAGUUUUCUGUUUUAACUCAAAAUUGAGAAAAACUAUAAUUAAAGGUAGAAAGACCGGACACUUGUCAUCACUGGAAUGACAGAUUUAGAACUCGUCGUGUGGAAACAAUAUACAGGUCACAAAAGAUUGGAAAGUAAGUGUUGAAAGACUUUUAAGUCAGAUCUCUUAUAAUUUUUGCACAAAAUAGGGCUGCAUAUGGAUGCAACAGUUUGUUCAUGCAGCUGGUAACUGUAAUUCAACAAAAGGAUGGAUAUGGGGGGCGUCAUUGUACUCGAUAUGACUUUUAGUGAUUAUCGUCGACGGGUUACCAGUAACUGCUUGUUGUUCCCACUGUAGUAGUCAGUAUUAUUGGCUGAACAAAAUCCAAUCUCAUACCCUAAAAUUCUGAAAAUUCGCCCCCUCCCCCCCUCUAUUCAUAAGCUUCUCCAAACGUAAGCCCCCUAAUUGGAAACUCAAGAAAGCCUCCUGUAAUGAGCCAUUUCUUAUACAAGCCCACGAGGGCUUAUAUUUGGAAAUUAUUUUCAUCUAAAAACUUAACACUAUAUACCAUAUUGGAACUUUACGAGAUAAGCCCGACGUGACUUCUCACACGUUAGAUUUCUAUAAACUAUAAACUACGGUGUGAAUGGAGAUGUUUCUUGGUGUUGCGGACGCUAUUAAACACUUAGAGUUAGUGUGGGAAGCAAGCCAUAAUUAUGUGUUCCAAUUAUAUAUUUUUUGUAAUCAAGAGUGUCUCCACUGAUUUUGGUAAUAAAGUGUGUGUUUUGUU